AUGGAGCCCCCGUCCCCGUCCGGCAGCGAGAGCGCCCGCCUGGUCAGCCCGCGCGGCGGCCGCGCCGACGGCAGCCUGCGCCUCAAGAGCCCCGGCCCGGAGAGGCUCCAGGCCCGGCGGCAGCUGAGCGUCGCCUGCACCGUGUGCUGCGUCUUCAUGGUUGGAGAGGUGAUAGGUAACGGCGGGCCGGGGCCGGGAUGGGGCCGGGACACCCCGCCGGGCCCCGGGUGCCAGCUGUGCCGUCCCGCAGGCGGGUACCUGGCGCACAGCCUGGCUAUCAUGACGGACGCGGCCCACCUGCUGACGGACGUGGGCAGCAUGUCCGUGAGCCUCUUCUCGCUUUGGGUCUCCGCCCGCCCGCCCACCAAGACCAUGAGUUUUGGCUGGCACCGCUCAGAGACGCUGGGUGCGCUGGCCUCCGUCCUCUCCAUCUGGGUUGUCACCGGGGCUCUUGUCUACCUGGCGGCUGCACGCAUCAUCAGCAACGACUACGAGAUCGAGGCACGAGCCAUGCUGGCCACCUCUGCCAGCGCUGUGGGCGUCAACCUGGUCAUGGCCUACAUCCUGCACCAGGCCCCCGCCACCCAUGGCCACGGGGGCUACGAGCAGCUGGAGAGCGCGGGGGGCUGCCUGCCCAGCCACGCUCCCCUGCCUGGCAGCACCAGCGUCCGUGCAGCCUUUGUCCACGUGGUGGGUGACCUGCUGCAGAGCAUUGGUGUCCUGGUGGCCGCCACCAUCAUCUACUUCAAGCCCCAGUGCAAGAUCGCAGACCCCAUCAGUACCCUCUUCUUCUCGGUCUUUGUCCUUGGCUCCACACUCACUAUCCUCAGGGACGUCUUCAGAGUCCUCAUGGAAGGGGCGCCGCGGGGCAUCCAGUUCGACGCAGUGAAGGAGGUGCUGCUGGCAGUGAGCGGGGUGAGGGGCACCCACGACCUGCACGUCUGGGCGCUGACGCUGAGCCACCCCGUGGUGUCGGUGCACGUGGCCGUGGAUGCCAGUGCCAACCCCGAGACAGUGCUGCGGGAAGCCACCAGCCAGCUGCAGAGCAAAUUUGGCUUCGUGUCAUGUACGGUGCAGGUGGAGCAGUACCAGGAGGAGGCGUUGGGCUGCCCGCACUGCCAGAACCCCCCGUCCUGAGCCCUUUGCCCACUGUGGGACUGGGGCACCGUAGGGCAGGUGCAGUGCCUGGAGUCCUGCCCGUGCUGCACCGGCUCCACCUCUGCAGACCCCAGGGGCCCCAGCCCCACUCAGAGUGGGGCACAGCACCCAGCCCUUGCAGCACAGUGCUGUGUUACGUGCCCCUGAGAGCCUCCAGGGCUGCUCUGCCAUGCCAGGGGCCAAGCCUGCCACAGCCCUGGGCACGGGGACCACGCACCAGGCAGAAGCGCUGCCCCAGCCCCAGUGCCCAUGGGCCUUUGCUUGCUGCCGUGUUGGGUGCCAUGUCUGUCCCCUCCCUCCCUGCUGCAUCCACCCUGGAGCAAGGGGACAGGGUAGCAAGGGAUGGAGCUCACCCCUGAGCUCUGGGUGCCCUGGUUUUGCUCCCAGCUGCGAGGCCCAGGCCAGGGCUGGGUGCUGCCAUGCCUUGGCCUGACCCCUUCCCACCGUCGUGAGUCUGUCUGUUGCAGCUGUGGUGUGUCUGUGUCUCAUUGUGCAAGGACUCCAGCU